GAACGCCCGGACUUCCGGGGUGGUGUGGACCAGGCUUCUGCAAACUGGGACUCCCAAGUGCUAGAGAGGAAGAGGCUGACGGGCCCGGACUCCUGGGUCUUGGGGAAACGGGUGCUAGGCUCUCGGACUCCCGCAAAAUGGGGCCUGGACUGUUCGGUCUCGAGGGGGAAUGGGGUCUGGACUUCUGGAACCCAGAUGAGCUAGGGGCUAUUGAUUCGUGGUUCCUUGGGGAGAGGGGCUGGGGACUCGGACGCCUGGUUUCCAGAGGAAAGUGUGUCAGCUUCUAGGGCAGAGAUGUUGAGAACCUAGAUGUGCAUGCGUCUCAGGGAGUGAUUCCCAGCGACCCCCGAGGCCUCGGGAAUGGGAGAUCUGGGGGCUGGGAUUUUUCACGGAAGUUGGGGGGAGGUGCUGCAGAGGAGCGCCCUCCUCCCCCUUCCUCAGUUUCCACGACGCUGGUGGAAAGUUGGGUCAGAGGGGAAAGUGCGAAGCAAAGGGAAGGAAACGGCGGCGGCGGCGGCGGAGGCGGAUGCUGCACCUGAAAGCUAAGAUUGGCUUUGGAGUUCGCAGGCGGAGUCAAUGUGCCAGUUUUUCCGUGCAGGAGGGCGAGGCAGGGACCCAAAACCACUCCCCCGCGUGGUUGGGUGACUUAAAGACCCCUAAUUAUUUCCCUCCAUCUCUUCUCCCCCCCCCCCCCCCCCCCCCCCGCCUAGUGAGCCGGGGUGAACGCAGCCACUGCCCGUCACAAACAGUGAAGAAGCUCCUGGAGGAACAGAGGCGCCGUCAGCAGCAGCCUGAUGCUGGUGGGGUACCGGGACAGUUUCCACCUCCUCUGGCCCAGUCCCUGACCCCAUCUGUGAAUGAGAGUGAAGCAGGCCAUUCUCGCUUGCCAGUACACCAGGAGACUGUGGGUUCUGGACUUGGCAGCCUGGCCCCCACCACAGGCUUUCCAGACUGGGACCCCAACACGCAUGCUGCCUACACAGACAGCCCCUACUCUUACCCUGCUUCUGCUGCUGAAGGUUUCCUGACUCCCGACUUCUACCCACCCUCCGACCCAGGGCGCCAGUGUCCAUUUUCUGUGGGGAUGGAGGACCCCCUGGAUACCCGGCUUUAUGCAGAACCUUCCCUGCCACAGGCAGGAUCCUGGAGAGGUUCUGGACUCCCCUCAGGACCCCCACAGAUGCCUCCCGUGACCACCGGACCAUCUCUGGACACAGCCCGUGCUCACAUGCUGGCUUUGGGGCCACAACGGCUGCUGGCCCAGGAUGAGGAGGGAGACACGCUCCUGCACCUGUUUGCGGCUCGUGGCUUGCGCUGGGCAGCAUAUGCUGCAGCUGAGAUGCUCCAAAUGUACAGACAUCUGGACAUUCGUGAGCAUAAGGGCAAGACCCCUCUCCUGGUGGCUGCCGCCGCCAACCAGCCCCUGAUUGUGGAGGAUCUACUGAACCUGGGAGCAGAGCCCAAUGCCACUGAUCAUCGGGGACGUUCUGUCUUGCAUGUGGCCGCUACCUAUGGGCUCCCAGGAGUCCUCUCGGCUGUGAUUAACUCCGGGGUUCAGGUUGACCUAGAAGCCAGAGACUUUGAGGGCCUCACCCCUCUCCACACGGCCAUCCUGGCCCUCAAUGUUGCUAUGCACCCACCGGACCUAUGUUCCCGGGUGCUGAGUACCCAGGCCCGAGACAGGCUGGCUUGUGUCCAAAUGUUGCUGCACAUGGGUGCUGAUCACACCAGCCAGGAAAUCAAGAGCAAUAAGACGGUUCUGCAUCUGGCCGUGCAGGCUGCCAAUCCCACCCUGGUUCAGCUGCUGCUGGAGCUGCCACGGGGAGACUUGCGGGCCUUUGUCAACAUGAAGGCCCAUGGGAACACAGCCCUCCACAUGGCGGCUGCCCUGCCCCCUGGGCCACCCCAGGAGGCCAUCGUGCGGCGCCUGCUGGCAGCUGGGGCAGAUCCAACACUGCGAAACCUGGAGAAUGAGCAGCCUGUCCACCUGCUGCGGCCCGGGCCGGGCCCCGAAGGGCUCCGGCAGCUGUUGAAAAGGAGCCGUGUGGCACCCCCAGGCCUGUCCUCUUAGGACUCAAACCCAGAACCUGGACUGAUUUUCCAGUCCCCACCGUCCUGUGGGACAGCCAGCGUAUGCUAAUGUUGCAAAUCCGUGAUAAUGUAUGUGGAAUGUCCUGCCAUUGGGGUCUUACAUUAAAACCCCAAAAUGGCUGCGGGGGUGUAAACAAUCCCCAAUAUUUGGGGUGGUGUAAUACCCCUCUCCCACCUACAAGGAGCCCUCUUGAUGAUUUCUGUGAAAUCGAGGCCCCUUGAUUGUUUCUGUGAAACACCUGGACCCCUAGCCCUUUCCCCAUUGGGAUCUUUUGGGGCCCCCUCCCCUACUCGACCGUUCACACCUAGAACCCCAGAUGUGAUUUCCCUACACAGUACUUGGAGUACCCCCAAAUAGCUCCCAGUGCCACCCAGUAGAGCUCCUAAGAUGACCCCCCAAACCUCCCCAGGACCCACACCAUUCAGGUCCUUACCUCUGAGACAUAGGAUGUGAGUUACCUCUGAGACAUAGGAUGUGAGUUCCCUAGGUCAUAUGCUUUCUAAUUCAGAACUCCACUGGCUGGACCCCCCUGUCCCCAAUCUCCCCAUUUCCAUUGAAUCCCUCCCCGAUGUGGAACUCCUUAUUAAACUCAAUUUGGACUCAA